UGAUUGACGAUGAUGUGCGCACGUAUGCUCGCAGCGUGGGAGCGCGGCGCGAGGCUGUAAAUGGUAGGGGUGUCGCGUUCGAAUGCCGGCGAAACCGUAGCGGGUAAUAGGGAGGUGGGGUAACGUAAACGAAUAGGGGAUGCAGGCGGGAGGGAUCUCGGGGGCUAGCGACCCCCACAGCUCAUCAUCAUUUGGACAUUCAUAGCAGGACAAUCAUCUACAUAGUCUCUGAAGCCCUUUCGCACAGAUGUCCAGGAUGGGAGGACCCACCUACUCCCUCUGCCCUCACUCACAUCGCCUGCGCAGAUCCCGCAUCAUCCAGACCGACCAUCGUGGGCGUGCAGAAUGAGGAAGCAGGAGAGUGAAUGAGAAGGAGGAGCAGGCGACUUGUGGAGUUUCCACAAGACCCGCCGUUAUCUCAAUCGAUUUCAACACACAGUUAUAUAAGGGUCCGGAUAUGCCUCCCCAAAAAGACACCGUCUACUUUCGAGAUGGAUCGCGGAGGAUCGACUUCAUUCUCGCUUACGAUGAUGAACUUCAUGCUACGAACACCGUGAAGGAUCGGACGAAGAGGUCCGAGUAUCAGGCAAGGCUGCUGAAGAUGGGGCUGGAGCUCGAGAUUGAGCCCAAGGAGUCCCCACCAACAAAAAAGAAGGAAACCGAACUCGGUGACGUUGACCAGGAGUCGGUGAGCGGACGCACCGCCUUCGUGAAGGUGCACGCGCCGUGGGAACCUCUCAGCACCUACGCUGAGAUCCUGCACGUCCAGGUGCCACUCGGGGAGAGCGACCUCGGCCAGGUCUCGCGUUCGGAUUGCGGGCCGCUCGGUUGCCUGGGCAAGCUCUUCCGCCUGAAGCCGGGAGCCGUGCCGGAGCAGCCCGACUACUUCACGGCGCCCUUCCGGCGAUCGCAGCAGGACGUCUAUCCCAUCACCGAUCGCGACGCCCUCAUCCCGCCGGCCGUACGCAGCCAGAUCGUCCACCACAUGCUGCUUUAUUGCCACGUGUCACAGGACAGUGAAACGACUUUCAACCUCAACCGGAUGAUCUCCAAUGGCUGCUACACGGCUGCUUACCCACUGCACGAUGGCGAGUACGAGCACCGGCCCGAGAGAUCGGAGAAGCGGAGCGACCGGAAGACGCUGUGGCGUGAGUGGGCGAGAGCCGGGCGCUCUUUCAAGGAGCAGCCUCUUGACCUUGUGCGCUCGUAUUUCGGGGAACAGGUGGGACUGUACUUCGCGUGGCUCGGCUUCUACACCAAGAUGCUGAGCAUUGCUGCAGUCGUCGGCCUCGUCUGCUUCUUCGUCGGGGCUUUCAACAAGGACAAUAACAUCACCAGUGAAGAAAUCUGCAACAGCUCCAGUGAAAUCCUGGUCAUGUGCCCCCAGUGUGACAAACGAUGCACCUUCUGGAGGUUAAAUGAAACCUGCGACUCUGCUCAGAGUUCGUCUAUUUAUGAAAACCCGGCCACCGUAUUCUUCACACUCUUCAUGGGACUUUGGGCCACCGUGUUCCUGGAGAUAUGGAGGCGCUACCAGACGGCGCUCGCUUUCCGCUGGGACCUGACGGAGGAGGAGGGCGAUCCGAUCCGACCUGAGUAUGAGGCUCGCUGCACCAGCAAGAAGCUCAACAUCGUCACCAUGGAGGAGGAGCCCCACGUGCCCAGGAGAACACUAAGGUUGCGCUACUGCUUCUCCGGAGUCAUGGUGUUGUUCUGGAUCCUCUUGAUCAUUGCGGGCAUUCUGGGUGUCGUUGUUUACCGACUCUCCGUGUUCAGCUGCCUCUCGUCGAGUAUGCCCAAGCGCGUGUCCGAGAUCAAGGUGAUCGGCUGGUUGCUGACACCGGAUAUGGUCGCCUCCAUCACGGCCUCCAUCCUCAAUAUCGUGGUCAUAGUUCUCUUGAACAUAGGCUACGACAAGAUGGCUAUUAUCCUCACCGACCUAGAGAUGCCCAGGACGCAGAGAGAGUACGAGUAUCGACUGACGUUCAAGAAGUUCCUCUUUCAGUUCGUCAACUACUACUCGUCUUGCUUUUACAUUGCCUUCCUCAAGGGCAAAUUCGUCGGCUACCCCGGAGAUUACGCGUACUUUGGAAAGUGGAGGAUCGAGGAGUGUCCCCCAGCUGGUUGUCUCUUUGAGCUGACCAGUCAGCUCACUGCCGUGAUGGGAAUGAAGCAGAUCAUUGGCAAUGUCCAGGAGGUCAUCGUCCCGUGGUUCAGCAGUUGGUUGGCCAAGUGUCGGGCCAAGAAAGGGCCUCAGAAUGUCCACACGCGCUGGGAGCAGGACAUGGGCCUGCAGCUGCAGAGUUCGCUCGGACUCUUCGACGAGUACCUCGAGAUGGUGAUACAGUUCGGCUUCGUCACGCUCUUCGUGGCGUCGUUCCCACUUGCGCCACUGCUCGCACUCCUGAACAACAUCGUUGAAGUGCGAGUCGACGCCUGGAAAUUUGUGACAAAGAUGCGGAGGCCUGUGGUGUCACGAGCGAGUGGAAUCGGUGCCUGGGCAGACAUCCUGGGCAUCGUUGCCACCCUGUCCGUCAUGACCAACGCAUGCAUCGUGGCCUUCACGUCGGACAUCAUCCCACGGUUGUUGCACCACUACGGCUACUCGGCAGGGCACGGCGAAGGUUCGCCUACCGUGCACCGGUACACUGACAACAGCCUGUCCAUAUUCAACAUCAGCAACUUGCAGGAGCGAAGUCGUCCCGACAAUCUGCCACCCUGGUUUGACCCGACAAUCCACAGAGUGUGCAGAUACAGAGGAUAUCGCUACCCGCCAGAUCAUCCCCAGGCGUACUCCGUCACCACGCUGUACUGGCACAUACUGGCGGCAAAGCUGGCCUUUGUCAUCGUUGUGGAGCACCUGAUAUUCUUCACAAAGGCCUUCAUCGCCCACGUCAUCCCGGACACGCCAUCCCACGUGCGCGCCUGCGCACGUCGCGAGCGCUUUAUCGUGCGGGAGAUUCUGCGGCGGGCAGAGCUACGUCGCCUCCGCAACUCCCCUCCCUCCUCCGUCUCGCCGAUGACGGCGGACGUGGGCCUGCUCCACCGUCCGCCGCACACGGACAUUUAACUUCGCAAGAGCAGAGCCGGGAUCGAAAGAAAUAACGAUUUGGACAUGGAGUUUGCGAUGCAGGACACACCUUAAAAAGUGUGCUGCAAUGAAAUGUCUUUGUAGAUAAAUGUCGUUGUAAUAAUAUUUGUUGUAAAAUUAUUUUAAAUUAUUACUAUUUAGUCAAAAGUACUUAAAAGAGUGUUAAAUGGUAUAGCAACAAAAGUUGCGUGUGAAUGUAAAAUUACUUCCGAGAGAUUAAAGUUUAUGUACAUUUAAAUAUAAUUUUUUAAACGUUUAUUAUGGGAACGCAAAAUGACCAAAGUGAAUAACAUGUGAAUUCAUAAAUAUGGCAAUUUUUGUUUAACAUUACAAUGGCUAUAAAUAAAGAAAGUAACUGCAUUUAAAUAUCUUUAUCCGAAAAGAUAAAAAACAUUUUAUUGGACCUUAAACAUUUAAAAACGCAAAGCCGAAUUAAAUUGUUGCAAUGCAAAACCCGUGUUCUGAGUUCAUCAGAAGCUCCUGAAGCCGGCCUAGUCACAGAGGAAUGUCCUUCAUACUGAAAAUACUUCCUAAAGAGUUACGUUUCAUUACAUUAACUUAACAUGUAAUACGUUUCAUCGAAACAUUUUAAUAAUUUAAAAUGUACUUCUAUUAAUUUUCUUAAACACUUCAAACAAAAAUCACGUGCACUGUAAAAUGUUAAACCAGAUCACAAUCGUGAAGCAGAGGCGGAAGACUGAUUCUUAAAAUCCGAAAAACGGAGGAUGAUGCUCAUGGGCUUGAAGAGUUUGUGCUUUUGUAAAAUAAAUAAAUAAUGGUUGCAAGACACAGCUGGAGGCCCAGCAAAUCACGUGGAUGAUUGUGGCGAUCAAGAGCACGGGUUUAACGGAAUUCCAUACAGCAGAUAAGUAAGUACAUGCUCUCUGUAGAUCUAAAAUUGCAACCGCACAAAAAUUACUAAUUUACAAUGGUCAUUGAGCACACUUGUUCGUUUUAAGAAAAUAAGUUGGUGGUCAUGCUGCUGCUACAGCUGCGUUGGCAGCGGUGCACAAUUAACAAUAGCAACAACAAAAGCACAUUCGUCAAUAACACUGCCUUGUAUUCUUGGUUCUUUCAGUAAAGUCACGUAGAUAAAAAAUACAUUUUUAAUACAAAAUAAAAAUAAUAAGUAGAAAAUAAUAAAAGGAAAAAAACACGAUAAAAAUAGUAAAAUAAAAUUACAAAUAAAUUAAAAAAAACCACGACGUUUCCAUCGCAACACAAGUAGUCUUCAUCAGGCGGAGAGAAAAUAAAUAUAGGCGACGUUUUGAGCAACGACCCUUCUUCACCAAAGCCUGAGACGUCGCCUAUGAAAUACGUUUUCUCCUUCGGCCAGUGUUAUUGACGAAUUUUCUUGCGUUUUCUCAUCUUCGUAACCACAUCUCAAACGUCCUAUGCAAGGCGUGCACCUCGCCCUACCGAGGGUUGCUCAGUUAGAGCGUGAACACUGCUCCGUCUUCUUGGUUCUUUUGGUAAAGUCACGUAGAAGGGAAAUAAUAAAAUAAUAAAAAUAAAACAUAAUAAAAUAAUAUAAUCAAAUUAUAUAAUAUAAUUCUCACGAUUUAAAGCUUUCGUGACUGCAGGGAUUCAUCUUCUUGGUUCUUCGGUAAAGUCACUUAGAAGGGAAAUACUUUACCGAAAGAACCAAGAAGAUGAAUCCCUGCAGUCAUGAAAGCUUUAAAUCGAAAUUUAACGCUGCUCCGGUUGGAGUUUUGUGGCUUCUUUGAGAGCGGCGCUUCUCAACCGGUCUCUCACCUUACGGAACUCACUCCCGAGUUGCCCGAUCUUCGCAGCAUACCACACCAAGCUAUGCCUCAAGGCAGUGGUUCUUAAUAACCGUUACUGCAGCCUUGCACCCCUUUGGUUCUCAAUUGUAAUUUGAAAAAAAUAAUGUGCCCGUGUUUAAUUUGUGUUUCGAUGAUUUACCUUGGAAAAAAAUCUGGCCACGUCUAACGCGCCCCCAGAAAGGGCAUCUCGCACCCCCAGUUGGUGCGUGCACCUCUGGUAAGAACCACUGCCUCAAGGAAUCAGCGAAUACUGAACAAUUGGUAGGACGAUUUAAAGCUUUCGUGACUGCAGGGAUUCAUCUUCUUGGUUCUUUCGGUAAAGUCACGUAGAAUGGAAAUAAUAAAAUAAAACUAAAACAUAAUAAAAUAUAUUAUGUUUUAAAAUAUAUUAUUUUUGUAUUAUUUCCAUUCUACGUGACUUUACCGAAAGAACCAAGAAGAAUUGGUAGGUCCUAGAAGUCCUGUAAAAUCAGGAGGGUCAAAGGCCUUGAGCUUUCAUUUUCUGCGCCUCUGGAACUAUUUUCGAAGUGACAUCACGAAUGCUGUUGGCGCAAAUGAAUAUUUUCAAUCGAAUGUAGAAACAAUUGCUUGAGUUACCUUUUUGAAUUGGAUUUAUUGGGCAACAGCUUUUAGAGAUUUUAUUGUUCAGAUAUGUAAAAGUUUAUUUUCCCAAGUAUAGCUCAUUGCGCUGUGUUUUUUUUCAAGGGCGACGUGGAAUGCUUUGCAUAGAGUGUAGAGCACACUGUUACGGAUUGUAAUCGGUCUCGGCGUGGUCAAGCAGCUGAUACUUAUCCUA